AUGCACAGCAGGGCGAGCUUCCGUAGCUCAGCUUACGAAAGAAAAGUCCUAUCCCUGCGGAGCUUUCGUGAAAGAGACAGAAACAGCUUGGGCGUGAGCUUAGUGUUUUGGGGGCGAUCAAGGACGGUGCGGACUGCUGCUCGUGAGCUCGGACUUCUGCUGGCAUCAGUGGUGCUGUUGUCUUUCGACGAGCUGAACCCAGUGAAGGUGUUAUGCAGCUACACCCGCUGGUUCAUGGGCAUCUCGGAGGUCCACCUGGGAGUGCUGGCCUCCAUGUUGCUACUUGCGCUUGGCGUCAAUCAACGUGACCACAUUCUGUACAACUGCGCAAGGAAGGUCCUGUUAUCAUCACCGGAAAUCACAACAACCAGCCGCUUGAUUCUGGAAACGCACUUGGUGCCAGGCGUGCUUUUCACUGCAUUCCCGUUGCUCGUCCACAGGCUUGGGACCGAUACCAACUUCACGGUAGAGGUGUCUCAAGGAAGCCAGCUUCAAGUUCAGGGUCUCGAGAAGUUGCUCAAGGUGAAGGAGGUGCAGAGCUCCACCGAGCUGACACUCGACGUGCCGGCCACCAGCUCCACAACAGCAAGCUUCAAGGUGCAUCCCAAGGUCGACCAGUCCGGCAUGUACGGACAAGUGUACAAAAACUUAUGCUCGGGCAAAUGCUUGGGCAUAUUCCCAGAAGGUGGGAGCCAUGAUCGUACAGACCUGCUGCCUCUCAAAGCUGGAGUGGCGGUCAUAGCUUUGGAAGCACUGCGACUUCACCACAUCAAUGUUCCCAUUGUGCCGGUGGGAUUGAACUACUUUCGAGGUAAUGGAGUUCGGAGCACCUCUCAUGCUGCGAAGCUGCAUGAAGCCCUUGAGGUGCACGACACGUACGAGACCAACCGCCGCGAGGCUACGGAAGAGGUCUUGGACCAGGUGGCAGCAGCCAUGCGCAGUGUGGUAAUAGUGCCAACGGAGGAUUACAAGACGCUCCAGCAGAUUUUUAUGGUCCAUGUUCUUUAUGCGUCCGUGCUACAGCUGCUUAUAGUGCUUGGCCUGAUAGGCCGUUCGAUUCAGAUCCCCCUCAGCAGCGCUGACAUCACUGCCAUGCCACAGGUGGGCCCUCCAGCUGUGAGCUCUGAGUGUCCAGACAGUCACGUUUUCAGUCUCGAAAUGUCUCGAAGGCUCGCGGUCGAGGAAGUGGCCGAGGGCGAGGGCAAACACGUGCCCAAAGCGCCAAGGGAGGCCAAACAAAAGCAGCUCGUGGAGGAAGCCGAGGCCAGGCCCGUGGAGGCCAGGCCCGUGGCGGCCAGGCCCGUGGAGGCCAGGGCCGAGGAGGCCGUGGGGCUCAGGCCACAGGCCGAGGCUCCAAAGCCGCCGGACGAGCUGGGGAUGGCGGCCGAAACGGGCGCGGAACAGGCGGAGCACGCGGACAUGGACGGGGACGUGCGCAAGGACUGCAAGAUUGAGAUGCCAAGGACCCAGCAGACCCAGCACGGCCUCACGAUCCAACACGCCAGCCCGUGCAAGCCAGGGGUGCUGCAGGACGACGCGGGCGACAAGACCUCGCGGCUUGCAGCCCUUGCUGCGUGGAAUGCUGCGGCUGAUGCCGAGCGCAGGGGCCUUUGGCAGAGCGGCGGCUUGCUAAAGCGGCGCCUCUCAGCAAAGCAGCGGCCGAUGGUGACUCCAGCACUAGGCAAGCCGAACGUGCCGAAGCAGCCGACCAGCAAGUGGGAAGAACGCGCCACGGGGCCACUACGACGUGACUGGGUAGCAACUGCCACGGCCAGGAAAAGCUUCCGGAAGCGAGCUUUGGUCACGCAUCCCGACAAAGGUGGUCGGCCGGAGGAUUUUCAAGCCGUAGUCACUGCCUUUGAAGUGCUGACGGACAGUCAACGCCGUGAUGAAUACGACAGGUCCCUGCUUGCAUCUGGUAACACAGACGGAGGCGUGACGGCGUGCAUGGAUGUCGACUCUGUCGACGUGGAGUGCUCCACGGACGUCGGCAACGAUGAGCUUUCCGCUCGCAGAGCGGUACGGGAAGCUCUCAUCCGGCUCUCCUCUGCGAGUCCGGCGGAGCAGAAGCGCAUUCUCAAAGAGCUCCAAACAAAGGUGAAGAGCGGGCCGUUGAACAUGGGGUUCUCCCAGCUCAGGCAGGAUGGUGGAAAGUCCAAGCCUCUUUCCCUGGCUGGCCUCUUGAAUUCAGGCGUCUUUGCAGCGGCUGGACUGCACUUUGAACCAUCGCUGGAGCUGUUGGCAGCGGGUGGAAAAGCUUGUGUGCGGACGCAGACCACUUUCUCCUUGGCAGAAGCUAUUGAUUGGCACAUAACCCUGACCCAAAUCAAGGAUAAAUCAGGGCAUCUCGGCUGGAACGGGGGUGGUACUUUUGGUGUCACGAGCGCACGGAAGAAGCAACUGCCAGCGGCUGGGAGCAAUUCCUACUGUCAGGUGAAAGUCCACAUAUCCCCUUGUGAGUGGGGCAGUGGCAAGUGCCAGACAAUAACCCCAGCAACAUCGGACUUGUCUUUGGCAUUAAUGAUCAAGCGCCGCACCUUGGACAGCAAAGCUUGUGACAAAGCUCGUGGCGGGCUCCGCAACAUGAAGCGCGAGGUCUCUGCCUUGGAGAGCUGCGUGCAUAAGUCCUUGGCGGCAUCUGAAGCCUGUGCGCAUUCCCAAGAAGCUCCAUCCAACAGAUGCAAGGUUGCUGCAUGGACUGAGAAGGAGCGCGUUGUCCGUCAGCAGGAGGAGUUCACGGUCUUGAAGGUCAUGGCUGCCGAGCUCCGGAAUCGCCACAGAAAGGGGGAGUGCGAAGACUGGAUCCAAGAAGCCCAGAGUGCGAUGGAGCUUCGGGAUCUGAGCGGCUUGCACACGUCCGUCACGAAGCUGAAAUACCUGGACACUGAGCAGCGAUCGGCCACACGAUCGCUGCUGGUGGGAGACUUGUAUGACAUUGCAGAGCAGAGCAGAGGUGAUGCAACCCCGAUAGCCGGCGGCGAAGAGACGCCGGAGGACAGCAACGCGCGUGCUGCCAGGAGAAAGAAGCGCAAUCAAGCUUUCCGGCUGGGAAUACUGGAAUCGGAAGCGCAGCCCGACCCUUCUGCUCAACGACGUGGAUCUGCGGCACCCGCGGAUCCUGACGAUGAUUACGCCGCGUACGGGGAGUACCAGGUGAGGUGGUCUGCAGCCGACCAGCGCAAGGCCAUCCAGAGCCCUUUGCUUCCAUCCUCGCAGACGGGGCGCCCUGAUGCGGUAAUACGAGCCACGCUGAAUCACUCAGCCCUGCCCGGGUGGUGUGCACUUCGGGCAGCUGCAAGAGUGGUGCGCGUGACUGUGGACGCACAUGUCACACGAACUUUCAAGAACUUUGUCUACAACGACUACUGGUUUCAGCAGCCUGGCUUUGUGCGCCUCUCAUCUCCCCUGUGGGAUGCAAGCCGCAGUGGCUCGCGGCCAUUGGCGCUUGCGCAGCGCCUGUGCCGCUUCAUGUCGAGCCCGAAUCACCAGGGCCUCUUUUCCUACAUGGACCUUGGAAAAGCUCCCGUGGAGGCACUGCAGGACGUGGAUGUGCAGACGGCCAUCUCGCGGAUGCCGCGUCUACAGGACGUGGUCUUCCCGAUCGAUGGAUGGGCCCGUUCGGCGGAUCGCUCCAGGUUUCUCUCUUGCUUGCCCCCCGGGGCUUCUGCCUGGGGUCGCCGUGUCUAG